AUGCCACCACCACACUUAGGAGUUUCUUUGUCAGAAAAAACGUUUAAUGUAUUGAAGGAAUGGGGUAUUGAUAGGAAAAUUAUUUCCAUCACAUUGGAUAAUGCAACUGCUAAUGAUAGUAUGCAAGAUAUUCUAUCAAGUCAAUUGUCUUUGCAAGCACCUUUAGUAAGUGGUGGUGAAUAUUUUCAUGCUAGCUUAAAGGUGAUUGAACGUGUUGUAUAUAAUAUUAGAGAAAGUGUCAAGUACAUUAAGGGUUUGGAAGACAGAAAAAUUAAGUUUGAAGACUGCAUUAAACAAGUUAGUAUACUUGCUUCAAUCAAUUUGCUCUUGGAUGUACCAACUAGGUGGAAUUCAACUUUCAUAAUGAUAGAAAGUGCACUUAUAUAUCGACGGGCUUUAAUUCAUUAUGCUUUACUUGAUGCAAGAUAUAAAUAUUGUCCGUCAAAUGAAGAGUGGAAUAGAGCUGAGGUCAUUUUUAAUUUCUUGAAGCCAUUUUACGACAUGACAAAACUCUUCUCGAGUUCGGAUUAUCCUACAUCUAAUUUGUAUUUUUCAAAUAUAUGUAAAAUUCAAUUGCAUUUGCUUGAAACAAUGGAAAAUCUGGACUGCAUUGUUAAUGGUGUGGCUGCGAAAUUGAAAGAGAAGGUCGAUAAAUAUUGGAAGUGUUAUAGUGUCGUUUUAGCAUUUGCAAUUAUUCUUGACCCUCGUUACAAGCUUCAAUUUGUCGAAUUUUGUUACUCAAAGAUUGAUUCCUCUACUUCUCGGCAAAAGCUAAAUCUCCUUCGUCAGAAGUUGUACUCUCUGUUCCAAGAUUAUGCAAACAAAUCAAAAUCUUCUUUGAAAUCUACUACUCCAUCUACUGGGGGUACUGUGGUAGUGACAAUUUCAAUAGAGAUGAGCUUUCGGUAA